UUUAGAGUUUACUGUAAUCAGUAAAUGUUUAAUAAAAUUUUCUAAGAUUUUCAAUUUUCGUUUUCACUUUUCAGUAGCAUUAUAACAUAACACCAGUGAAUAUAUUUACUUGUCUAGUACUCAGUAUAUUAAAGAUUUGGUGGGCCGUAUUGAAGGCGGAGGCCAACAAAGGAUUUAAUUUUAGAAAAUAGAAUCUUCGAAUUUAGUUCUAUUUCGCUCCAUAUUUUUAUUCUUUGCUUGUAUCCUGGAAUUCCAAACGAAUGUAUACUUCUAGUAUCCAUUGUUACUAGUUAGUUCGUCAUGAGUUCUAAGAGGGGCAGGCGUAAUUUGGGUAACAAACAUUUCCCAAUAGCAGAAUCAGUGAGCAUUGCAUUGAAGAUACAGUUGGAUAAGUUUCUCACUGAUGAAAAUGAAACGGAACUCAAGUUUCCAUCGUUCUUAUCAGCGCAGGAGCGUGGUUUCAUACAUGAAACCGUCGCAAAAUUGGGACUAAAGUCAAAGUCGCGCGGGAAAGGGGUCAACCGCUACUUAACAAUUUACAAACGUGUAGGUUCUACCAUCAUUCAAAAUGACGCAAAACUCAUUCUGGACUCUAACAUGAGAUGUACCAUUAGUGACCUUUUCAACGCUUUUCCAAUUACAAGUAAAGAGAAAGAAGACUUAAGUUCAUGUCCAGAAAAAGAAAGAAGUCCGCAGCUAGCUCAAAAAGCUAUGGGGCAGUUGAAUAAUGGUGUUGCCCAGAUUCCAAACACAGCAUACAAUCCAGAGUUGAUGAAGUUCAGAGAAAGACUGCCCGUGUAUGAACAAAGGCAUGAACUUAUUAGUGCUAUAAAUUCUAACCAGGUAAUAAUAGUGGCAGGGGCUACAGGCUGUGGUAAAACAACUCAGCUUCCUCAGCUGGUGCUGGACUAUUGCCAAGAAAACAAGCUGCCCGCCAGGAUAUACUGCACACAGCCCAGGAGGAUCUCGGCUGUAUCUGUUGCUGAAAGGGUGGCUUACGAGCGUAUGGAAAAGAUUGGACAGGCAGUGGGUUACCAGAUCCGACUGGAGUCUCGAGUGAGUCCGCGGACUGUGUUGCACUACUGUACCAAUGGUGUGCUGUUGAGGACCCUCAUGGGUGGAGAUGAUGUACUCACAGGUGUCACACACGUGUUCGUGGACGAGGUGCACGAGCGAGACAAAUUCAGUGAUUUCCUGCUGAUAGCGCUCCGUGACGCGUUGGCGAGGAUCCACGACCUGAAGCUGAUAUUGAUGUCCGCUACGUGCGACACGCAGAUUUUCUCCAGAUACUUCAACGGGUGCCCGGUGAUAACGAUCCCGGGUCGACUGUUCGAGGUGCAGCGGCAUUAUCUAGAAGACAUCCUGAAGUUGACUAAGUAUAGCACCAAGAAGAUGGUACAGGUAGAACGAGAGCUGAAGAACAAGCUCAAGUCUGGACAGAGCUAUUGGUCGCAGUUGGAAGGACAAAAACAGAGUGACACGGUUGAAGAAAAUAGCAAUAAAGAAGAGAAAGAGAUUAUAGAUCCGGCGCUUCAGGCUGACAUGGACGAAUUUCUUGAUGAAUGUUUCAAUGACGGAUCACUUGACUCGUUCAGCCAAGUGUUAUACAUGUUCCUGUCGGAAGGCGUGCCCGUUGACACUCAGCACUCAUCGUGCGGCCGUACGGCGCUGCACGCCGCAGCCGCUCGCGGUCUGGCGCCCGCAGUCACGCAGAUGCUGCGGAUAGGUGCCGAUCCAUCAGUUAGAGAUAAAAGUGGAAAAACUGCAUAUGAUUACGCGACAGAGGACGGACAUGAGGAGUGCGCUAAAAUAUUGUCAACAUUCAAUGUGGACGAGAACAAGAACACGGACCCUGAUGACGCCGCUGAUAAUUUUCUGCUUGACGUGUACAACCACUCUGUCUCCGAGGAGCUGAUCGACCACAAUCUAAUGUUGGCGCUGGUCAAGCAUAUUCACCUGCAAAUGCCCAAAGGAAGCAUCCUCAUUUUCCUGCCUGGCUACGACGACAUCGUCACCCUGAGAGAUUUGAUCCAAGGCUCUUCGGAAAUGACCACCGCCAAGUAUCAGAUAUUCACUCUACACAGCAAUAUGCAGACAUCGGACCAAAAGAAAGUGUUCAACCCUCUUCCCAAUGCGAGGAAAAUAAUUAUAUCGACAAACAUCGCGGAGACCUCUAUCACCAUAGACGACGUUGUGUACGUAGUGGACUCGUGCAAGGUGAAGGAGAAGUACUACGAGUCGAACGGCGGCGUGUGCUCUCUGCAGUGCGUGUGGAGCUCGCGGGCUUGCGGUCAGCAGCGGGCGGGCCGCGCCGGCCGCACCAGGCCGGGCCACUGCUUCCACAUGUGCUCCCGCCGCCGCCACAAGACUCUGCCGCUCAACUCUGUGCCGGAGAUCCUCCGCGUGCCCCUGCAAGAGCUCUGCCUCCACACCAAACUCCUAGCUCCUGGCAAUACUCCUAUCGCAGAUUUUCUAUCAAAGGCGCUCGAACCGCCCUCUUUUCUCGCCGUUCGCAACGCCGUCACACUCCUCAAGACGAUCGGUGCUCUAACCCCCAUGGAAGACCUCACAGAAAUUGGCCAACAUCUCCUCGAUUUGACCGUCGAACCAAAAUUGGGUAAAAUGUUGCUCUACGCUUGCGUCAUGAAAUGCCUCGAUCCGAUUUUGACCAUUGUCUGCAGUCUGUCCAACAAGGAGCCCUUCCAGAUUUCCAUGAAUCCUGAGAACAGGAAGAAGGGAAGCUUGGCCAGGAAGGAGCUGUCCGCGGACAGUUUUUCUGACCAUAUGGCACUGUUGCGUGCAUUCCAAGCUUGGCAGUGUGCCCGAGCGAACUUCACCGAUCGAGCAUUCUGUGCCAAGAAUCUCAUCUGCGGUGCCACUAUGGAGAUGAUAGUUGGGUAUCGUUCCCAGCUGCUCGCGCAACUCAGGGCACUAUGUCUGGUGAAAGCUAGGGGCAGUGGCGAUAUCAAAGACGUCAAUAUGAAUUCAGAGAAGUGGCACGUCGUCAAGGCCGUAUUGGUGAGCGGGCUAUACCCGUCGAUAGCGCGGGUGGACAGAGACUCUGGGACACUGCGGACGUCGAAAGAAGUCAAGGUGGCAUUCCAUCCCAGUUCGACGCUGCACAGAGGCGGAGGGGUGACUGGAUCUCAAAAAUCCGUUCAGUCCCUUCCCACAGACUGGGUUGUUUUUGAAGAAAUUUCGCGCGUCGGUAGAUUUUGUUUCAUUCGCUGCAACACCUUGGUGACGCCGCUUACAGUGGCCUUGUUCGGAGGGCCGCUCAGACUGCCUCCUGGGGCAUUAACCCAGCGAGCCAACCCGCCCGGUCUGUCUAGCGACUCGGACAGCGAGGCAGAUGAUAACAACUCUUCGCCGGACACGGCGGUGCUUACCCUAGAUGAGUGGAUGGCCUUCACGGCGGACGCGGCCGACGCCAUCAGCGUGUACUACCUGCGACAGAAGCUGUGUGCGCUCGUCAUCCGGAGGAUGGCCAACCCGGCCAAGCCCACUACGCCCCUCGACGAGCAGAUUCUGACCACGGCCGUGCAAGUGCUCGGAGCGGAGGAAAAGAACGUGGGGCUCAUGCAGCCGAGUGGAAUCGGGCAGCGGCCGAAGCCGUUGACCGUCGACUCGCCGAUCUGGCGGACAAGGGAGGAUUCCCAUUACCAGUACGGAAACGAUUUCGUGAAUUCUUUUUACCACGGCUACCGGAGGAACUACUCCCAGUUCGCUAGGAGCCCCAUAUCUCCGAGCGGACGCGCGGUGUCGGAGGGGCCACUGGACGGGGAGGGAAGUGCGCGGUACUUCAUCGUGAAGGCGGACGAGCCGCACUCCGUGGACGCGGCGCAGGCCACCGGGAACUUCCCCUUCACUCAAAACACCAUCAAGAAACUGCAAAAGGCGAAACAGGAAGGUGGUCGCGUGGUGGCGAUAUUUAGCUGCAUCAGCGCGUCGAAGCUGACGGGAGCCGCCGUGAUUGGUGACGCGAGUGGUAACCUCGAGUGGCUCUCUAACCAGCAUCUACCCUUCCACAUGCUUCGGCACAUAACGAACUCCUUGGCAAACGGUGCGAGAGUGAUCGGGGCGCGCGAUGGCACUGAGAUCUGCUCCACAUCCGGGCGCACGCUCCUAGCGGCGCUCACCCAGCGGCGCCGGCACGCGCCCUCGCAGCCGCGCCCCAUACAGAAGCACCCCUCCGACCAAUAGCACUCGCGCACCCGCGCGAUGCCCGCUCAGCCCCAUGCCUACCGCGACACUCGCGUAGAUAUGCCUCGCACGCACUAUUUUAAUAGACUUACAUAUCCUACACAGGAUCGAACAAUUUAUCAGUCUCUUAGUGAUUUAAGAAAAUGUAAUUCAAUCGAAUCUUCAAAAAUAGUGUAUCCUUCAGAUAAAUUUUCGCGACCGAAUACUCGAAAACCGUACUUAACAGUCGAGGAUAUCGACAGAAUCCUAGUGACGCCGACCGCAGGACGUGUCGAUCGAUCAGAUGUUUACAGUGGUUGUGAUGAUUUCUGUGGACGCAGUUUCGAUCAUACUGAGAAAUCUCAUACUUUGCACACGUUUGCAAAUUAUUAUAAAAAUGAUGAAAAUAAAGCAGGACAGUCUACGAUUAAUACUAAAAAGUUGUUUGGUAAUGUCGAUACUACUAUACAGCAACUAAAUGAAGAUAUAGACGCCAGUAAACUGACAACUGACUUUUCAAGUAAAUAUUUAUUAAACGAUACAUUCGCUGGAGCAGGUUUAAAUACACAUAUUGAUACUAAAGUAAAUAAUUAUCAACAGGAGAAAUUUGAUGAUUAUACAGAUUACAAUAAAAUUGAGAAAUUUGGUGAAAACCACUUCAUGAGCGAUGAGACUGGUGCAAGCAGUAGGUCGUGUGAUCUGCCUUUAGUUGAUAAACAAAGUUUAUAUGCUUUUAAUCAAGAUUAUUUACAAAGGACUGAAGUCGAGCCGAAUAAUGAAAUAAAUGAACAUGGAAAAAUAUAUACUGCCAGUUCGGAGCUUAAUAAUUAUGCAUAUAAAUCUCGGGAUUUGGACAACGAGGAUGCUUUAAAUAAAACCAUAGAAAAUAGUAAUAGAUUUCAAAAUGCAGGCGCAACAAGUCAAAAUGAACUAAUAAUAAAAAUUAACGAGCAAUAUUUGGAUAGCUGUUACAGAAAUGUUCCUGCAAGUCCUACAAAAUACAUUAAUGAAACGAUCUCCAAAAAAAUUGAACAAAACUCAAGAGAAUGUCCUGUACAAGACAAAAAUGAAUUGUUUAUAUUUGGUGACAAAAAAUGUCAGAAGUACCAAUCUAAAACUCUCAAACAAGCUAAUUUUGAAACUAGUGAAACAAGAAAUUCUGAAGAAAAUGCAACCAGUGAUCAGACUGCAAACGUGGCCAGAUUUAAUUUUAGCAAUGUCCAAGUUCCCCGAAAACCAAAUACGAAAGAAAUAAGAUUAUUAAGGAAUAAGACUCUAGUAAUCAAUCAAAACAAACGUACCCACGAUGGUAAAUUUGAUAACUAUCAUAAUAAUAACCAACCAUCAGUUAUGGACAGAAAUGUGAAUAGGUUCAUUAUAAUUAAUACGCCGUGCACAGAAAAGUCUUCUGAAUCAUGUAUACAUGAUCGUGAAAACGAGGUGAACCCGUCUUAUGAGAAUAGAACUGGUGAUAAUAACGUGGGAGAUGUUGAGAGCAUACAAACCAAAACCAAUGAGUUCGAUAGUUUCAAUAGUAGACCCAUGACUAGCAAUAAGGAUCGUCAAGUGCUUCUCAAGAGAAAUUCUCAUGAAAUGCAAAAACGUCGAUACAAAGGUAAUGAUUGCUAUAAAAAGAAAGUUCUGCAAAAAAUAUUUUUAAAUCGCAGCCAUAGUUCUACAGAAUGUAAAGAAAAAAAUGAUGGAACAGUUGAAAGUCAUUCAGACCAAAAUACAAGGAACGACCUUGUUGAAAACGAAGACAUUGUCACUCAAACUGCAUUGAAUGAAGACAGUGUUAACAUAGAACAAUUAGAUAUUGAAAUUGAUAAUAAAGUAAACGAUCCGUUAACAUCCGAUCUCAAAGUUAUUGAGAAUAAUAUUUCGAGACUUGCUGAAAUUAAUAUAAGCAAGGGUGCAAUACCUAAACAGCACGUCCCAAGUAAUUUUAUAGGAAAAGAAACAUUAAUAAAAUCACAAAACGUACAUUGUUCAAUUAGCAAUGUUCUUAUAAUAAGUGAUAGCGCAGUAAGCGACUCUAAAAUCAUUCCUUCUGAAAGGCAAGGCGUUCAACCUGCUGAACACAAUAAUAAAUCACACGAUACUAAGCAGAAAGAUGCGAAACAUAUCAGUGAAACUAAAAAGAAAACAGAAAAUGUGAGUGCACAAGUGGAACGUAUUAAUGAUGAUAAAAAUAAAAAACACAGUAAGAAUGUUCGUUAUAAAAGCAGCCAGAGACACGCGCGGAAAUCUGAGGCGUACAGACGAUGCGGCCUUGGCACGGAACAAAAUAACGAACAGACAAAACAAAUUAUUAAAGAUAUCGAAAAAUCUGCUAAAAAAGAUAUCAUAUAUGAAGCCUCGUCAUCUGACGAACAGUCUAAGGUGAAAGGUAAAACAAAGAAAAACAGGGGAGCUCAAAAACAUAGACAUCAAUCCGAGAAGAACGCAAAAUGGAAAUCUAAUAAUAAAGAUGAAUGUUAGACCGGUCUAACGUAUAUUCACCACUAUCUAUAAAAAAAUUAGACCCCAGAAGUGAUUUAAGUUAGAACUAAGACUUCGAUGACGAAAAGACGACAAUACGAAUACGAUCGGGGAAACAGCAUUUUUAAAACAUUAUUUAUUAAUUUAGAUUUAUUUUGAGAUGUUAUCAUUGUAAAAGACGUUUCAUGAUUCCAUUGCUGCAGAAACUAGAAAAUUGUAGAUUGUAGUUUAACAGUAUUGCUUGUGUACCUUAUAUUAUCUUAUGUAACUCUGUUAGUUAGUCCAUUGAUAUGUUACUUUUUUGGGAUAAGCGUGCAUUUUUCAGAGGACGCAAUUUUAUUUAUAGAUAUAUCAAGGAGGGGUAAAUGUUGAGGUAAGGUAUAAAGGUAAGGAAUAAAGCGAACAACCCUCAGGCUCUUUAAUUAUAAAUGUUUACUGUACGAUAUCACAUUGUAAUCCAUAUUUUAUAUUAAAAAAAAGCCCGCUGAGUUUCUUGCACCCAUUCUUCUGACUGAGGCAGUCUCUUUUGUAUGGGUGGUAGUUUUUGACGUUCAAUAAGUGAUUUUAAAUACUAUUUUGAAUAGAAAUUUUUGAAUUUGAAUUUAAGAGGUUGCAAACUCUCAAACCUGGACCUUUAAACCCCAAUGGGAUUAUAUAUAGACCAAAACAAGUAAAUUUUAAUGACGUAUUUAGACUUGCCCAGCCUUUCUUUCAGUAAGCUCGUUCUGACCUAUUUAGCAUGUAGUAACUAAACGACUUAUUGGCUCAUUUCCUUUUUAUAUCAAAAUUAACAUCAAAUCUAUAAAUGGCACAUUCUAUUGACUGUUUUUGUUGCAUUUUCUAUCUAGAGCUAUUCUAAACGUAAAACGUACUACGUAAUUUGUCCCAGUGUAUUAUAAGUGUUGUGAUAAGUAUUGUUCUAAAUAAAAUGCAAUUUACUUAAUACUAGUUUUUAAGAAUAGUGUAAUAUAAAUGAUACAAAGGCCUGGAGGUUGACCUUGCCGGGGUCAAUAUAAACCAUUAAACAUGUGUGUUUCAUAUAGCUUUAUUUUACAUUAACCUAUUAAAUUGAUAUACAAAAUUGUUGUUUUAAAAAGAUUUAGAGUGUAAAAGAUAAUAAAUUCCUAAUCUGCUCUGAAUAAAAUAAUCUGUAGAAGUAAAUAUAAUUUCAACGACUACAUUUCGACCAAAUUUUAUUUAUUUAGGUUAUUUAUUUUUUGAGCUUAAAUAAAUUAAUGUAGAAGAUUUAUCUUUAUAUUUUGAGACUCGCACGAGUGUAACCGUCGUUUUACUUCGCUCGUAGUUCAUAUGUGUGACAAAUUUUUAAAUGAUGUACAAAGCCGAAGAGAAUCCUGUUCUCAAACUCAGUAGCUACAAUUCUGGAUUAAAUGUUUAAUUAUA